CUUCGACCUCUUCCCCCUCUUCCUCCUUCACCUUUCACACUUUCCCAUCUGCUGUACACUUCAACCUCGGCUUGUCUCACUCUCUAACCAACUACAUAGUGCCUCUCCGCACUGAUGUCCCUCGGAAGAGUUACCCGCCCGUUCCCGCUCGACGGAUCCGUUCAGCCGACGCGCUCCCUCAUGCAUUCUUUCCACUCAUCGUGUUGGGAGCUAUGAGCUAUGAGCUAUGCUAGGCUGCCCUGGAUUGCUUCGGCUUCGGCGGGCAGAUCCUUUUUUUCGCUACCCUCCUGCUAUGGACAAACUAGUGCUUAGUGCCCGGGAAAUUAAUUAUUGAGGUUCAGACUUCAGCCGAUGAUCUUCGUUAGUGCGUUGCGCGAACCCAUGGCUGCCUCUCCGCCAUGGGCCGUGAUUUGUCAAAUCCGCGUGCGUUUAAGGUGGUACAUCUGGGACAUGUGAACCUACCGUCAAAAAGGGUCUCCCACCCCUCGUGCCUGUCCUCGCAAGCCAAGCAUUGAAAUUCUCCCCAAAUCCCCUAUCCCCUUUAUCACUCUCCGACCAAACAAUCCCUCUCUCUCUAUAUAUAUAUACUACUUGACGGCUAUACGUGCAUCCGAGCAAGGAUGUCAUCACGAGCCCGACCCAACCUGCUGGAUGUGGUCUCCUCUUUGUCCUCCGUCCCGGGGACACGGAACCAAUAUGCCGUGAAGAUUACACGGGACUGGUGUACCCAACACUCUGUCCUUGGGGGGUUUUCCACUGCGCUUAUGCUGGCCGCCGGUCAAAGGUUCCUUGACCAGGAACUUGGCGUAGGCCGGUAUCCUGACCCCGUUCAUGCGUUCGUCCAGUUUCUACACAUGGUUCAUCCUGGCCCGUCAAUUAUUACAUGCACGCUUCUACGAGUGUCCAAGAAACAAUCCGUCCUACAAGUUGAACUAGCGCGUGCCUCUAAGCCGGGAGAGGACUCAAACUCCUAUCCAACUACUACUCUCGGUAUCUUCACAUACGGCGAUAUUAGCAAAGAAAAUGGCCUAUCACAGGAAACGCGGCCGGUCAUCACUCGGCCACCCCCCGACCGGCUCACUGAAUGCGUUACUAUCGACGACCCCGUCGUCAGCUCAACUCCUGUGACCGCGAAGAUGAAUUGGGUCGCCCCACGAUCUCCACAGGGACUCUGGGGCCACCGCCUCGGCGGCCACAACCGCGAGGUCUGGCUGUCCUUCCGCGACGGCUCCAAACUAUCUGACGUGUUACAUCUGGCGUAUCUUUCAGACCUGCCCCUGCAGCCACCAGCGACCCAUAUUCCGGAUUUCUACGCUAAAUAUGCGAUCUCCACCCUGUGUCUGUCGAUCGAGUUCAAAAGACGGCCCGACCCGUCCACCGACUGGGUCAUGGUCCGCUCCAACUCCAACAAGGUCUCCAAUGGCCGGUAUGAUGCUGCUUUGCAACUAUUAGAUGAGAGGGGCAAUCUUCUCGCCUUGAGCAAUCACGUUGUGUUUACCUCAGACUUGAAGCCCCGGCCGGCUCGGCUGUAAGUGUGGGGCCGUGGGUCUUUUGAUUUUGAGCUUAGCGUCAAGUCAUUUGUCACUGCAGUAUGUGAUAAUAAAUUCAAAAGCGAGGUGUUUUGUUCACGGAGAGAGUGGAUAGACAUUGAUUCUGUAGUCAGUUAAUCCGUAUUUGGAGGUGAUUAGCAUAAAGUGGUUGGUUCCUGCCCCAGUUCUCCGUGGCCAGGGCAUUAUCGAUAGAUUCGUUUAUGCUAUCUACAAACUAGCCUGAGGGAGCACACACUUUUAUGUCAUUUUCAUUUCUUUCCUUCUCUUUCAUUAAAACAAUUCUAGAGCAUCAGAUCGAUACGAAUUUGACCGGCGGCUUGUUUCGUCCAG